AUGGAUACAUAUUCCUCCAGUUGGGAUUUCCAGCUUGUAUGUUCGGAUGUGGCUGCUGGUGUUGUUGCUGGUGAGAUUGUUGAUGUUGUUGCUGAUGAGAUUGCUGGUGAGCCUGUGGGUGAACCUGUGGAUGAGGCUGCUGAUGUGAUUGUUGUAGAGAUUGCUGGUGAGCCUGUGGGUGAGCUUGUGGAUGAGGUUGUUGGUGAGUUUGCUGGUGAGAUUGCUGUUGAUGUUGUUGGGGAUGGGGUUGCUGGAGAGACUGUUGAUGGAGCUGAUGAGGAAUCUGUUGUUGGAAAUUCGGAUUCAUAUUGUGUUGUGGCAUGUUCAUUUGCAUCGUUUGUGCUACGUGUGGAGGUAGGUUAUGUUGAGGAAUGUUCUGUUGCGAUUGUAACAUCUGCGCAUUCAUUUGGUUCUGCUGCAUCAUCAUAUCACCUUAAGAAAAAAUUGAUAACUCGUGUAGCAGGAUAG